CAGCAGUAGCAGGAUGGCGAGCAAGGACACAAGACAGAGUUCCCCACAUCCAGCCCGAACAAAAUCACCAUGUGUCGGAAUUCUGCGACUUUUAUUUAUUGCAUUUAUUCACAUGGCACAGGCGAACAAACAAGCUUUCAUACAAUCAGACAGCAUCCUGGAGGUACUACAUUUUGGGGAAGGAGGCCUCUUGCAGACAGAGUCUGAUAUUGAUCUUAGCUCAUUUCGUCAAAAAAGUGCAUCCUCCCAGAGGGGGAACAGCAGACCAAUACGUUUUGAGCCUCCAAUGCUGGACUUUCAUGAACAGCCAGUUGGAAUGCCAAAAAUGGAAAAAGUUUACUUACACAAUCCAAGUUCAGAAGAAAUAAGUUUAAUAUCAAUAUCAGCAACAACAUCACAUUUUCAUGCAUCUUUUUUUCAGAAUAGGAUAAUUUCACCUGGGGGCAACACCUCAUUUGAUGUGGUGUUUCUAGCACGAGUAGUAGGGAAUGUAGAAAAUACCUUAUUUAUUAACACAUCGCAUCAUGGAAUGUUUACAUACCAGGUGUUUGGUGUGGGCAUACCUAAUCCCUACAGACUCAGGCCCUUUGUGGGGGCCAGAGUUCCAGUAAAUAGCAGCUUCUCUCCUCUCAUAAGCAUCUUUAACCCACACAGUGAACCACUACAGGUUGUAGAAAUGUACACCAGUGGAGGAGACCUACAUUUAGAACUUCCCACUGGACAACAGGGUGGCACCAAAAAAUUAUGGGAGAUUGCUCCAUUUGAGACAAAGGGGGUGAUGAGAGCCAGCUUCUCUUCUAGAGAUGCUGACAACCACACAGCUUUUAUCCGAAUUAAAACCAAUGCGUCCAACGAGGACGAGUUUAUCAUCCUCCCUGUGGAGGUUGAAGUCACCACAGCACCCGGUAUAUACUCCUCCACAGAGAUGCUAGACUUUGGUACGCUUCGGUCGCAAGAUCGACCAAAACUACUCAAUUUGCAUUUGUUAAACUCUGGAGCAAAAGAUGUAUCGAUCAUGAGUGUUCGGCCAACUCCAUCUAAUGAAGCUGUCACAGUUGAGUUUAAACAAAUCACACUAAAAGCUGGAGAGAGCCGAUAUACCAAAGUCGCAAGUAUUAGUUUUGAUGCUUCAAAAGCAAGAAGAUCGGACCAGCUUUCUGGGAAAAUUACAGUGAAGGCAAAAGAGAAGAGCUACUCAAAACUUGAAAUCCCUUAUCAAGCGGAGGUUUUAGAAGGGUACCUGGGCUUCGACCACACAGCCACCCUGUUCCACAUCAGAGACAGUCCUGUAGAUCCUGUGGACAGGCCCAUCUACCUCACCAAUACCUUUAACUUUGCCAUACGCAUACACAAUGUGUCACUGCCUGAAGAGGCCAAAACAAUGUUUAACGUGCGCAAUUUCAGCAUGCCAGUUCUUAUCCCUCCCCACGAGUCGCGCUACAUAUUCUCCCUUUUGUUUCGGCCAGUACGACCUUCCAUCAACAUCGACAGCAACAUUCUCCUUAUCACCAAUGCUUCUAAAUUUCACCUGCCCGUCAGGGCCUAUACGGGCUUCUUGGAGCCUAUUGUGCUUCCUCCGUGUCCUCGAGAGCACAUCUUGGAUUUUGGAAUCUUAAGUGCCACAGAUACAGGCAGUUUACUGUUUGUGGUUAUCAACAGCAACCCAAUAGAGUUGGAGAUAAAAUCCUGGUUGGUCACAGGAGACAGUCUCUCAAUGGAGCUACUAAACACAGAAAGGGGGAACAGAAGUGCGGCACUGAGCAGAAUCCGAGAGCUCCAGAACACCUCGGCUGCCCAACAUAAAACCGUAAUUUUAGCCUCUGGCUAUUACGCAGCAUUUAAAGUCACUCUGUUGGCAAAAGCUUUAGAAGGAUUUUAUGAUGGAGCCGUACACAUUACAACAGACUAUGAGAUAUUGACCAUCCCUGUAAAGGCUCUCAUAGCUGUAGGAACAUUAAGCUGUUCACCUAAACACAUCAUCCUGCCACCUUCCUUCCCGGGAAAAGUAGUACACCAAGGGUUCAGCAUACAGAGUUCGUUUUCGCAGAAAGUAAGGCUUCAGCAAAUUCGCUCGCUCACAGAAGACGUCCGGUUUUACUUCAAACGACUUCGCAAUAACAAAGUGGAGUUGGAACCCAGACGAAAGUCCAAGAUAGCAAACAUUUAUUUCGAAGCCAGUUUGCAGUGUGGCGACCAUUGUUACGUGGGCUUACCGUUUGUACUGAAAACGGAGUCCAGGCCCCAUGGUUUGGUUAUGCAGGAGGACAUGUGGGAUGCUGAUGUAGAUCUACAUCAGAGGCUUCUGAAAAGAUGGCGAGAGCUCAAAGAACAAUCAGGCCUUGAGGUUGAAGCUUUCUUCGAAGUGAACACAGAUCUGCAGAAGAACGUGCAGGCUAAAAUCUCAGCGCAGCUCACAUGGCCCUCGUUGAUCAACUCAUCGCAACAGAUCCAUUUUCCUCUCACAAACACCAACAGCUCAUCGGAGGAAGAAGUCAUUCUAGAAAAUCCCGCUGACGUCCCAGUCUACGUUCAGGUUCUUCCUGUGGCUCUUUACCCAAAUCCCUCAGUGUUCACAGGAAAACUUGCAGACAGGUUUCCAUCAGGAAAGUUGUCUAACAUCAACAUUGACACAAAUACACUGGAAUUCCAGGUUCAGAAAAAUCAGUCUUCAGUAAUGAAGAGUUCCACAGGAUUCGUUGAAGGUUUAUUUCGACCCUACGUAUACAACCUGCUUCUUAUGCCUGGGGAGGUAAAGUCAUUCAACGUGAAGUUUAGACCCAUCAGCAGCCACUCUGUGUCCUCUCUGCUGGUCGUCAGGAACAAUCUGACAGUAGUGGACCUGAUCGUGGUUCAUGGUCGCGGCACAACAGAGAGUCUGAAGUUGGCUGGGAAAGCCCCAGGUGUCGGCUCCUCCCUGAGGUUUAAACUUACCGAAGCAUUCCUCAAAGACUGUUCAGACGUCAAAGCCAAGGAACCAAACUUUACUCUCCGGAAGAUUUUCAGGCUGGAGAACACAGGGCUCCUCUCAAUUCACAUCCGAUCUAUGGAGAUCAGCGGCAAUGCAUGCGAGGGCUAUGGAUUCAAAAUUCUCAACUGUGAAGAAUUUGCACUCAAACCAAAUACUUCAAAAGACCUCAUCAUACUGUUUACACCAGAUUUCACGUCAUCUCGAGUCAUCCGGGAGCUGAAGUUGGUGACUGCAGGGGGCUCGGUGUUCGUGUUCAUGCUGAAUGCCUCAUUGCCAUAUCACAUGCUGGCAGUGUGUGCUGAGAUCCUUCCCCGUCCCAACUGGGAGCUAGAGCUCUACAUCGGCGUCUCCGUCAUUAUGAGCGCCAUGUUCCUGCUGGUCAUCGCUACAGCCUAUCUAGAGGCCCAAGGAAUAUGGGAGCCCUUCAAACGACGUUUGUCUGUGGAAUCCAACUCUCCCAUGGAGACUGGAAAACCAUUUGAUCUCAGGGAAAUUGUGCGAAUUCAAAGCGAGGCUAACUUGAAUGAUUUUGCAGACUCAAACCAGAAUUCGACAAGAGGAAUGUACGGGUCAAGCGGUGGCGGGCGGGCUGGGGGUCGACAAGGUGGUCCGCACUCCAAUUCUAACGGCAAUGGUGUUCUGCCAGACAGCAAAGCCAGAUCUGGUUCAGGCCGCUCUGGAUCUAUGCAAUCGUCCUCUGCUUUUUCUGUCAAUAAAGAUAGUGGCCAAGGACUCAGCCAGCUGACGAACCGAAAGGCUCGCACUUCCAGGCAGCAGCCGCAGGGGUCAGGCCUCCUGGAGAACCUCCAGACCUCAGGACCCUCACAGUCCAACAGGGCCCAUAGUACAGAGGAUCAGGACUACAGCAGACUCCUGGUAGCCAUGGAUAGAGACCUUGACAGGCCAGAGUCUCUUGCCAUCGCGUCUUCAGAACAGAAUUCACAACCAUCUUCGCAAAACAAAGUGCUUGAAUCAAAAGGGAAAGUGAAGAACAAAACAAAAGCUCUUAUGAGGAAAGUGGACAAGGAGAGGAAAACAAAGGGAAGGACUCAAGGAGAAGAUUUAAAAGAACCACUGGCAGACAAUGAUGACAGCUCUUCUACCACCACUGAGACCUCAAACCCAGAAAUGGUGGAAAAUAUUAAAGAGGAGCCAGUGAAGGCGAAAGGAAAAACAGUAACCGCGGACAAUGGAAAAGAAAGAGAAGAAAUUACUCCCUCCCCAACUAAACCAAAAAAUAAGAAACAAUCGGCUACGAAAAAGGAGAACCAAGUGGAAAAAACCAGCUCUCUAGAACUCCCUUACAUCACUCCUCUGGAGAAACAAGACAAACAGCGCAAAACCUUCAACAAAACCCUCAACAUUCCAGGAAUUCACAGCGUCGCCAAACCACGAGGUCUGAGCAAAUUGGUCAGUGGAAAGAUGGGGGAUGAGCGGCCAUCUUCACUUGGAAAGUUUCUAUCCAAUGGCUCCAUGCAGGAGCUGGGCCAUAGCAGUGGAUCUGAGGGGGAGAAAGAGUCCCCCCCUCCAGAAUGGGACAUUCCCCUCAGCAAAACUGAAGCAGACAGUCUUCAGCAGAUAUCUAUGCAGACCAUGCAUGCAGACCAAUUCCUGAAAGGAUCCGGUUCAGUUAUCUCCAGAACCAGUUCCCCACCCCCGACCUCCCCUAGCCUGGUGCCUCGUGGAAGCUACAGCAGCAUGCUCCACACCAACAGCGAGGUCAAUUUAAAGAAGGCUCCAGGGAAUAAGCUCACAAAGUCAGCCUCUCUGCCUGGCCAAAAUGGAAACCCUACCUUUGCAGCUGUAGCUGCUGGCUAUGACAAAAGUCCCGGUGGCAGUGGCUCAGGAAAGCCUGAUAGUCUGGCAAAGGUGACGCUGACUCACAUGACAUCAGUGGAGAGCGACGGGUCUGAAAGCUCUGGACUGUGGACCCCUAUAGAUAGCAUCAGCAGCCCCAGUUUCGGUCCAGUUAAUGCUUUUUCUGCUUUUGGACCCCACAACCUCUUCAACCUGUCGGGAGUUUGCAGAGAGAUGACUGUUCCUAAUAAUUCUGAGCCCCAGCAAAGUUGGCCUGAGUACACUCCACCGUCACCGUCCAUUUGGGAUACCGAGCCUAGUAAUUCUUGGGCAACCAGCGCUGGAUCUCCAUCAACUCCAACUACUUCCAUUUUGGGGAAUGCGCGCAGUCCCUGGUCCUUCAGCAGCUCCAUCUGGUCCACUGGCAAUGACUCCACCCUCAACGCCUUCAACCCUCCCGGUUCCUCCACUCUCCCUGACUUGGUCAGCCACACCGCACCACCCACACCUGCCCCCAAUGACAUGGGCCGCACCUACAACCCCUGGAGCAUGGCGUGGUCUCCCUCACUAAAUCGCUGGAACUCAGAGCCCUGGCCCAACAGCUCUGACAACAACAAUGGCACCUGAGAUUUUCCAAACUAAGCAACCGAAAAUGCAGUGGUUUCUAAUAGAAUUUUAUUUUUGUUUGUAAAACGAAGAUCAUUUUAAUUAUAAAAACCCAUUGGAAAGGUUUAGAUGCAUUUCUAAGUCCCCCUACAAAUUUAAGGACUAUUUCUUUUCACGUGGUGCGAUUUAAAAAUGCCUUUCGUUCCAUUUUACCUGACACAGGAUGAAAGAUUGAAGACAUUGGCCAAACGCAACUCAAUUGUCCUUUUGUCCAACGCAAAAAAUGUUUUUCUUUUCAAUUUUAGAGAUGCCCUGUUUUGAGUCGUACUGCAUUUUAGGUGUUUGGCCCAGUAUUACUGUAUGAUUUAAGAUGCAGUGUUACUCAACCUAAAAAAAAGCACUUUGUGUAAAACCCAGCUCGUACGGAGCUAUUAUUUUGCUUUAAGGAUUUCAUUGAUUUUAGAGCAUUUUCUGACCACUUGGUUGAUUUCACUUUGGAAAGUGGUUGGCGAGAUCUUGUUUAUUAGGACAGUAAGGUCUUACCCCUCGAAGUCAAAGCCAGCUCGUAAAAGACUUUGAGAUUUUAUUUGAUUUUGUUUUAAUUGGCCUCUGGCGAAAGUGAAAAGCUUUAUUUGCUGAAAUUGACUUUUAAUUUGAGGGAGCUUUAAGAACUUGAAAUGUGUUCCGUGAAUAAUUCAUUUGUCACUUCUGGAGCGAAAGAAUUGGUCACAUUGGUUGAAAUAAACAUAUCAGGCUGGAA